ACCUGCUUGGUUAACGAAGCCAAAUUGGCAAACAUGGGGAGUUGCCUUUUUAGAAAUGCAAGAAAUGUACGAGCGGCGCGAAUACACAAUUUUACAGAAUAAAAAAAAAAAAAAAAAAAUCAGGAUGUUUUAAGCGGCCAAUGAGUAUUUCCCUUUUUUUUUUUAAAAAAUUCGAUACAUUUUACUGUAUGGAGAAUAUGCGCUUUUUGAAGCUGGCCGGACGUUUCCCCAUUUAACGAGGUACAGCAAGCGACUGGAGCAUUGCGCGUGGGCCAUCAUAAUAUAAAAAACCGCUUAAAAGCGUACGUAUGCACACACAUACGAGCGUCAACCGCCGUCACAGGUCAAGCAGCAAAGGGGAAAUUCCCAAAGCGUAGGUAACCACUGUGCAAAGCGCUCCCUGCACACAUGUACACACUCGGACGUAGGCAUAUCCACACAUACGUGCAACUGUACUAUUGCGGAGGGCAGUUCCAUAUAAUGAAUUGAGAAGAAAUCUUCACGAAUAUGCACACGGAGAAAAAUGUCGCUGCACAAGGAAAUCUGCAAAUACAUCGCGCGGUCAAGCUCGAAACCGCUGCAGAAAUUGGAGUUUGAACCGACCAAACGGAAAACGGGGGCCUUGUCCCAGAUCUUUAAGAAAGUCUUUUUUCCUUACUACUUUAAAUUUGUCCGGGCGCCCUACGAAAGGUGGCAAUUUUGUGCCAUGACCAAAUUUCUGAGGGAACACGGACUCAUGUACGACGACAUGUACAGCGACAAAGACCCCGUCAUCGAGAGAGCCAUAUCCCUCCUCCCGAAGGAUAUUCAAAUAAAGCGGUACAGGAGAAUGCUAAGAGGAACGCACAUCAAUUUUUUAAGACUUUACCUGCACCCCUCAGAACAGAACUACGACCCCUACAUCCCCUAUCUUGCCCCAUAUAUUGAAGAGGCAAAAUUCCAGCUGCAAGAAGAGGAAGAAUUACUGGGUUAUCAUCCCUACGACAGGAGGCUAUAUACUGGAGGAACCACUGGUUUUGGGGACUUGGAGCCAGGAAUGCAUUUCCUCGUUUCCAUUCCGAACCUUUACGGAGCGGCCAUACCGCACUCCCUUAAGAAGAAGUAGAGGAGGGGAAGGCACACCGGUUUUCCCGACAAGCUAAUUGUUACUACGUGCGUGGUUAUUCGGUAAGCGGUUCGUGCAGGUUAAUAAUUCAGUGGGCACCUCCUCUACACUUCCCUAGUGGGUGUCAUUCCCCUGUACGUGCAAAACAUGGGAGGCGCUAUUCCCUUGAGGGGUGAUGCACAUAUUGCCAUCAUCCACAAAGGUGUCACCACGCGGAAACGCAUGAAACAGACAACAAAAAAAAAGUUUUUGCCUUAAUUUGAAAAUAUCCGCAGCGCCCUUAUACAUAUCACCAUAAGGGAGUGUUAAAAAGGGUACUUUAUUUUUUUUAUUUUUUUUUUUUUUACGAAUAAAAAUUUUAAGCAAACGUGUGUAGGUACUUUUAUACAUUGCUGCACAGGAACAUGUAGCGUUAACAUGUUACCGUGUAAGAACGGCGGUAUGUGCCAGCGUUACACUUGGCGGAAUUUUUUUCAAAAAAAAGAAACAAAAAUGGUUAAUGUUUAUUCAAAGGUGGGACUCACCAAGUGGUGU